AUGGUGAAGAGUCGUCAGGUGGGGCUGGUGGUCGGCCUGCUCUUUGCCUUCCUGGUGCUGCUGCCUGGGGUCCUGCUGGUCUUCUACUGCUACAGGAUCAAAACCUCCCUCCUCCACAAGUGGCUUUCACAGCGGGACAAGAACAAGAGCAGCAAGAGCAGUGCGUCAGUAGAGAAGGGGAAGAACGGGCACCUGAACCCUGCCUUUCACCUCAAAGUGGUGGGACCCAUCAACAAGGCCAGCGCUCACAAAGGGCUGCCUCACACCAGUAAAGAGCUGCUGCCGCUCAGACCAGGACCAGUCUCCAACGGGACGCAGCCCGUGAACAUCGUGAGGCCCCUCAGAGCCGCCCCGUCUCCGCAGGCUGCAGCUCGGGGCGUCAGGGCCGUGAGACCCCCGCUCCCUGUGGGCAAACCUCCAGCUGUCCCCCACAAGACCCCCCCCACGCCCCAGAGACUCAGCCCCCCCAAGAAACCUCUGCCCCUCAACCCCACCAGGUCUCCACUGCUGGUGUCUGAGUUACCAGCGGCGCCCUCGGCCUUCGCUCCUCAGAGACCCCUCCCCCUGAGCCCGGUGCGGGGGCCCUCUCCCAGCGUGAAGCUCCGGCCCACCCCAGGCCUCAAGGUCAUGAUGCCUCCCGCUGUGGGACCCAAACCUGUGGGCAAAGUCACAGCCAUCCCCCCUCUCAGAGUACUCAGACCGGUCCCAGGUGCCAAACCAAACACAGCCUCAUCUCCGCCUCGAAAAUGA